ACACCUCCCUGCACUGGAAACCACAAGGCAAAGAGCGGAGGAAACAGAGAGACUGAAAGUGCAGGGACUGAGUGGGGGAAAUAUGUAUAAGUGGCUUCUGAAGGGUGAUUCCUAGUGUGCCCAGCCGUAUGGUACAGCGGAAGACACAGGAGGACUGAAACCUCCCUCAGCAGCCUGUCCCGGUGUUUGACCUGACUGGUGACCCAAAUCCUUUUUUGUGUGUGAUUGAAAACUAAGGACCUGCAAUGUCUUCAUCACAACCCAGGAAAGGCUUCUACAGGCAGGAGGUCAAUAAAACCACCUGGGAGGUGAAGGAGAGGUACAGAGAGCUGCUGGCUGUGGGAUCUGGCGCUUAUGGCACUGUUUGCUCUGCCAUUGACAACAGGAUUGGAACAAAGGUAGCUAUCAAGAAGCUGUAUCGUCCCUUUCAAUCUGAGUUGUUUGCCAAACGAGCUUACAGGGAGUUGAGGCUUCUGAAACACAUGACCCAUGAAAAUGUGAUUGGUCUCUUAGAUGUAUUUACACCGGACUCCACAUUUGAAAAGUUCAAUGAUUUCUAUCUGGUUAUGCCAUUCAUGGGCACUGAUCUUGGCAAGAUAAUGAAGCGCGAGAAGCUGUCAGAAGACCGAAUCCAGUUCCUAGUGUAUCAGAUUUUGAAAGGACUAAAGUAUAUUCAUUCUGCUGGCAUAAUCCAUAGGGACCUUAAGCCUGGAAAUCUAGCUGUCAACGAAGACUGUGAAUUAAAGAUUCUGGAUUUUGGACUGGCCAGACACGCAGACAGUGAAAUGACAGGUUAUGUAGUGACCAGAUGGUAUAGAGCCCCAGAGGUCAUACUCAACUGGAUGCACUAUACACAAACAGUUGACAUUUGGUCUGUUGGGUGCAUUAUGGCAGAGAUGUAUACAGGACGGCCUUUAUUCAAAGGAAAUGAUCAUCUGGACCAGCUUACAGAAAUAAUGAAAGUUACUGGAACUCCAACACAGGAUUUUGUUCAAAAACUCCAAAGUCCAGAGGCAAAAAGCUACAUAAAAAGCCUACCAAAGGUUCAGAAGAAAGAUUUUACAGCACUCCUAAGAUUUGCAAACCCCCUUGCUGUGAAUCUUAUUGAGAAGAUGCUAGUACUUGAUGCAGAAAAGAGGAUAACGGCAACAGAAGCUUUAGCACACCCUUAUUUUGAACAGUUCCAUGAUCCUGAAGAUGAAACAGAAGCUGAUCCCUAUGAUGAUUCAUUUGAUAAUCUGGAGCUUCCCCUUGAUGAGUGGAAGCGUCUCACCUACAAGGAGCUGACGGCCUUUAAACCUCCCCUGAGUGAGUCUAAGGAAACCUCAGUAUAAUACCACAAAAUGCUGAGAUGGGAUUUAAAUUAUGGAAACUGGACUAUAAAAAAAAAAAAACUGGAUGUAAUCUUUCUCUGCUGUAUUUUGUACUUGUUAUUGUUUUUAUCCAAUAUGUGCCUUUUUUGUAUUUCUUUUGAGCAGGUGUAUUUGACUUGCCUGUUUGUGAACCUAUUAACAUUGUCUGGCUAUUCUGUUCCUGGGGAUCACUGGCUUGUAAUGAGAGACCAAAUAACUAACUUGACAACGCUCCGAUUCUCUCGACUACUGAAAGGUCUGGUAGCAUGUGUUUGUAGCUCCAGUUUUAUAAAUGGGUCCUGAAGGAUAUUUCUGGACACCUUUUUUUUAAAUGGUUUUAAUUUUUCCUUAUUGGUUGCUCUUUGUCAAUAAGAAAAAUGAGGCACUUGAGCCAGUAACAAAGUCUUGUGCCUUUUUUAAGCGUCCAUAUGUCAGUUUUAUCACAGAGCCCUGCAUUUCCCUCCUUAAUUAAAUCAUGAUAUUUGGUAUUUGCUGUCCUAAUGCAGUUGCAAGAACUAUGCAGGUUGUUGUGGGGGUGUGGGGUCUGCAGGGAUAGUGAUAUAUGUGUACAAGGUAGUCUGUACUCAUCAUGCAUACAAAAGAGCAGAAUUCAGAUUUGCUGAACUUCCAAGAAAAUGUUGGUCUAUUAAGGGCAGGAACAUGGAUUAAAAAAAAAAAGAAAUAUAUUUUGGAAUGUUCUAUUAGAAAAACAAAGAUGAAAAUACUACCGUGUCCCCUUUAUCUGCUGAUUCACACACAGUCCUUGUCUUCCCUCUUCCAUAACCCGGAAGUGAGAGAAAAAGAAAUAAAGGACCAGUCAGUGCUGUUCUGUUGUAGUAUUUUCUCUUGUUCAUAUAAUAAUUUUACUUGAGCUACAGUUGAUGAUAAAUUUGCCUUUCUGACCAACUGGUUGCAAUGGACCAAAUUAAGUAAUUUCUUUUUUUUUUUUUUUUUUCUGCCAUGCUAAGCCCUGUGGUGCUAUUCACUUUCCUUUCCUAUGGGAGCUUGUAUAGUUCAUUCCCAAUCUAUACCGAAGAAAAGUCUGAAACUGUUUCAAUAUAUCUGUUUACUAAAGUGCUCAAAAUUGGAUGCAUUCCUGUCUAGGUCUUAAUUUGGGAAUAUGCUGAUAUUGCUGUGGAAAUAGUUUUUAUAAAAAUACGGGUUAAACUGGUUUUGAUUAAAAUUUCUAGUAUUAUCCAUGCAUAUUUUUGGCCUAAUCAAUCACAUCAACAAUUUAAUAUGGGCCAGUAAUAGGAAAAUCUAUGAACAAAGCAAUAUGAUGUUUUAAAGAUACAACGUAGUUGUUUGUAUUUACCAUAUGUAUGAGCUAAUUGUUUAAAUCUGGGCUGCCCUAACUACCGCCACGUGACCUGUCAUGUUUUUUUGUGUGGCUGAUAGAACUGCUAUGCAGAAAAUAGAUAUCAGUAAGUUAUCAAAAAAGCAGUUCCAUGCUUCUCAUUCUACAAUUCAGCAUAUGUAUUUGUUCCAGGGAUGUGCGGUCAGGGGAGGCAGAGCCUUUUUCUACCAGAUUUUGUAAAUUUGAUUAGUGUUUUAAAUUUAAUUGAAUUCACUGAUAUUAACUUAAUUCCCUGUGUAAUGUGUGUAAGUAUAAUGUAACAUGUCCAGUGACCAAUCCUGCUGUUAAGAGUCAGCUCUCCGUACAAAAAAAAAAAAGUUUGGGAGCCCCUGGUGUAAACCACUAGGGUUACUAAAUAUAUAUGUAUAAUUUCAAAGAUUUCAACGUCUUCUUAUAAUUUGCAAAUGUGUCUUUACUUAGAGACAGUGCUCCGAUAGACAAAAGAAAUAUAAAAAUUAAUAUCUAGUGCAAUGUAUAGUUUAAAGGGACAGUCUACACCAGAAUGUUUAUUGUUUUAAAAGAUAAUCCCUUUAUUACCCAUUCCCUAGUUUUGCAUAACCAGCACAGUUAUAUUAAUAUAUUUUUAACCUCUGUGAUUAUCUUGUAUCUAAGCCUCUGUAAACUGCCCCUUUUUUCAGUUCUUUUGACAGACUUGCAGUCUAGCCAAUCAGUGAUGGCUCCCAGAUAACUUCACGUGCACGAGCACAGUGUUAUCUAUAUGAAAUACGUGAACUAACACCCUCUAGUGGUGAAAAACUGUUCAAAUACAUUCUGAAAAGAGGUGGCCUUCAAGGUCUAAGAAAUUAGCAUAUGAACCUCCUAGAUUAAGCUUUCAAAUAAGAAUACAAGAGAACAAAGCAAAAUUGGUGAUAAAAGUAAAUUGGAAAAUUGUUUAAAAUUACAUGCUCUAUCUGAAUCAUGAAAGUUUAUUUUGGCCUAGACUGUCCCUUUAAGGAUUCUGUGGUCAAUCAAAGUAUCUUCUGUGGCUUUCUAUUUUCCUUCCAGAUGUUUUCACAUAUUUUGGUAUGUAAAAUGUUGCCUUUUUGAAGAGAUUUGGUAUCUAAGUAAAUGAAAGAAUUCACAUA